AUGGAAAAGCAAGAGAUGGAGACUUUGCCACCUGAACCACUCAGGAAGGGGAGGCUCACCCCUGUGCUGGCCCUGGUGACCCUGGCAGCUGCCUUCGGAUCUGCUUUCCAAUAUGGCUACAACAUCUCCGUGGUCAACACACCUCACAAGGUCUUGAAAUCAUUUUACAAUGAAACCUACUUUGACCGUUAUGGCAAGUUCAUGGAUGAGAGUUUGCUGCUUCUUCUCUGGUCCGUCACGGUGUCCAUGUUUCCUCUGGGGGGCCUCUUGGGAGCCCUCAUCGUUGGCCCCCUGGUGGACAGGUGUGGCAGAAAGAAGACCCUGCUAAUCAAUACCACCUUCGCCAUCAUCCCCGCCAUCUUGAUGGGAUCCAGUAAAGCUGCCAAGUCGUAUGAGAUGAUCAUCCUUUCCCGGGUGAUAGUGGGAAUCUGUGCAGGUAUCGCCUACAGUGCCCUGCCCAUGUAUCUGGGAGAGCUGGCCCCCCCAAACCUGAGAGGCACAUUAGGAACAAUGACAGAGGUUUUUGUCAUCAUUGGAGUCUUUCUAGCACAGAUCUUCAGCCUAGAGGCCAUUUUGGGGAAUCCUGGAGGCUGGCCUGUGCUCCUGGCAAUCACAGGGAUCCCCGCAGCCCUGCAGCUCCUCUCUCUGCCCUUUUUCCCAGAGAGUCCCAGGUACACGCUGAUUCAGAAAGGCGAUGAAGGCCAGGCCAGGAAAGCUUUGAGGAAACUGAGAGGCUGGGACAAUGUAGAGGAUGAAAUUGAGGAGAUGCGCCUGGAGGACCAGGCAGAGAAAGCUGAAGGCCACCUCUCUGUGAUCAACCUCUUUACCUUCAAGCCCCUGAGGUGGCAGCUCAUUACCAUCAUUGUCCUAAUGGCAGGCCAGCAGCUGUCUGGCAUCAACGCGAUCAACUACUAUGCAGACACAAUCUACAUCGCAGCUGGUGUGAAUCCCAUGCACUCUCAGUAUGUGACCGUGGGUGCAGGUUUACUCAACAUUGUGAUGACAAUGAUCUCCGCUUUCACUGUGGAGCUCCUGGGGAGAAGGCUCCUCCUGCUGGUUGGCUAUGGAAUAUGUGGCUCAGCCUGCGUGGUGCUGACACUUGCUCUGGUCUUCCAGAACAAGGUCCCAGAGCUGUCUUACCUCAGCAUCAUCUGCGUCUUCUCCUACAUCGCAGGCCACUCCAUGGGCCCCAGUCCCGUUCCCUCAGUAGUAAGGACUGAAAUAUUCCUGCAGUCCUCCCGGCCAGCUGCAUUCAUGGUGGAUGGGGCUGUCCAUUGGCUCUUCAAUUUCAUCAUAGGACUGGUGUUUCCAUUCAUUCAGGAAGGCAUCGGUGGCUACAGCUUCAUCAUCUUCACUGCAGUCUGCCUCCUCACUGCCAUCUACAUCUACGUAGUUAUUCCUGAGACCAAGGGCCAAACAUUUGUGGAAAUCAACCAGGCUUUUGCCAAAAGAAAUAAAGUGCUAAUCCCAGAGAAGAAAAAAGAAGAAACAAUGGAUUUCAGCCCUGGCCCACUCCCAACUUCUGCCAAGGAAACAAAUUUUUAA